GGGGGAUGUCUCAGAAUGGAGGUUCGAGGGACAUCCACUCUCCUUGGCCAAGGGAGACCUGAGUCACAGCCAGUGUCCCUGGGUCACCUCUCUCAGCUUUGUGGAGCCCUUUCCUCCGGGAAAUGGGAUAUAAAUCACUUUUCCUGAAUUUGAUGGUGGUGGAGUAAAGGGAGGUGCUACACUGGUGAGGUGGUUCCCCAGAGCGGUUCUCAGGUUUUCUCCCAGGGCAGAGGUGAGGUGGAGGGAGAAAGAGAGGUUUGGAGACGGCGUCGAGGCCGCAGCCUGCCCAGGUGGCAGAGGGGCCGAGACUGGAGCGGAGCCAGAGCCGGGGUGGUGUCCGGCGCCCCUCCCCGCCGCUCGAGCCCUCCCACUUCCUCUGAAUGAGCGCGGCUGUCAGGGAGCCCGGCGCGCCGCGCGCAGUGCAGGCUCGAGGCGCCGCGCCGAGGAGGCUGCCGCUCUGGCUCGCCGCCCCCCGUCACCGCUCCGCACCGGGCACCCGUCGCCGCGCCGCGGGCCAUGGACCUGCCCAGGGGCCUCCUGGUGGCUUGGACGCUCAGCCUGUGGCCAGGGUUCACGGACACCUUCAACGUGGACACCAGGAAGCCGCGCGUCAUCCCUGGCUCCAGGACGGCCUUCUUCGGCUACACGGUGCAGCAGCACGCCAUCAGCGGCCAGAAGUGGCUGGUUGUGGGCGCUCCAUUGGAAACCAACGGCCACCAGAAGACAGGAGACGUGUACAAGUGUCCGGUGACCCAGGGGAACUGCACCAAGCUCAACCUGGGAAGGGUCACCCUGUCUAACGUGUCUGAGCGGAAGGACAACAUGCGCCUCGGCCUCAGCCUGGCCACCAACCCCAAGGACAACAGCUUCUUGGCCUGCAGCCCCCUCUGGUCUCACGAGUGCGGGAGCUCCUACUACACCACGGGGAUGUGUUCACGAGUCAACUCCAACUUCAGGUUCUCCAAGACCGUGGCCCCAGCUCUCCAAAGGUGCCAGACCUACAUGGACAUCGUCAUUGUCCUGGAUGGCUCCAACAGCAUCUACCCCUGGGUGGAGGUCCAGCACUUCCUCAUCAACAUCCUGAAGAAGUUUUACAUCGGCCCUGGGCAGAUCCAGGUUGGAGUGGUUCAGUACGGAGAAGACGUGGUACAUGAAUUUCACCUCAAUGACUACAGGUCUGUAAGAGAUGUGGUGGAAGCAGCCAGCCACAUUGAGCAGAGGGGAGGAACAGAGACCCGGACGGCGUUUGGCAUCGAAUUUGCUCGCUCAGAGGCUUUCCAGAAGGGCGGAAGGAAAGGGGCCAAGAAGGUGAUGAUUGUCAUCACCGAUGGGGAGUCCCACGACAGCCCAGACCUGGAGAAGGUGAUCCAGCAAAGCGAGAGGGACAACGUGACCAGAUACGCUGUGGCCGUCCUGGGCUACUACAACCGCAGGGGGAUCAAUCCAGAAACUUUUCUAAACGAAAUCAAAUACAUCGCCAGUGACCCCGAUGACAAGCACUUCUUCAACGUCACUGACGAGGCGGCCCUGAAGGACAUUGUCGAUGCCCUGGGGGACAGGAUCUUCAGCUUGGAAGGCACCAACAAGAAUGAAACCUCCUUCGGGCUGGAGAUGUCACAGACAGGCUUUUCCUCUCACGUGGUGGAGGACGGGAUUCUGCUGGGAGCCGUUGGCGCCUAUGACUGGAACGGAGCUGUGCUAAAGGAGACCAGUAGCGGGAAGGUCAUUCCUCUCCGCGAGUCCUACCUGAAGGAAUUCCCCGAGGAGCUCAAGAACCACGGCGCAUAUCUGGGGUACACAGUCACGUCGGUCGUGUCCUCCAGGCAGGGGCGGGUGUACGUGGCCGGAGCCCCGCGGUUCAACCACACAGGCAAAGCCAUCCUGUUCACCAUGCACGACAACCGCAGUCUCACCAUCCACCAGGCCCUGCGGGGUGAGCAGAUAGGCUCUUACUUUGGGAGUGAGAUCACCUCAGUGGACACCGACGACGACGGUGUGACGGACGUCCUGCUGGUGGGCGCGCCCAUGUACUUCAGUGAGGGCCGAGAGCGGGGCAGGGUGUACGUCUACAACCUGAGACAGAACCGGUUUGUCUAUAACGGAACGUUGAAGGAUUCCCACAGUUACCAGAACGCCCGAUUCGGGUCCUCCAUAGCGUCGGUUCGGGACCUGAAUCAGGAUUCCUACAACGACGUGGUGGUGGGGGCCCCUUUGGAGGACAACCACGGAGGAGCCAUCUACAUCUUCCACGGCUUCCCAGGCAGCAUCCUAAAGACGCCGAAGCAGAGAAUCGCUGCCUCAGAGCUGGCUCCAGGCCUCCAGUAUUUUGGCUGCAGCAUCCAUGGGCAACUGGACCUCAACGAGGACGGGCUCGUGGACCUGGCGGUGGGCGCCCUUGGCAAUGCUGUGAUUUUGUGGUCCCGCCCCGUGGUUCAGAUCAAUGCCAGCCUCCACUUUGAGCCGUCCAAGAUUAACAUCUUCCACAGGGAUUGCAAACGCAGCGGCCGAGACGCCACCUGCCUGGCCGCCUUCCUCUGCUUCACACCCGUCUUCCCGGCACCCCAUUUCCAGACGGCGACAGUUGGCAUCAGGUACACCACCACCAUGGACGAGAGGCGGUACACGCCGCGGGCCCACCUGGAUGAGGGUGGGGACCGAUACACCAACAAGGCUGUCCUGCUCCUCUCGGGCCAGGAACACUGUGAUCGGAUCAACUUCCAUGUGCUGGAGACCGCUGACUACGUGAAGCCAGUGACCUUCUCAGUCGAGUAUUCCCUGGAGGACCCCGACUACGGCCCCAUGCUGGACAACGGCUGGCCCACUAUCCUCAGAGUCUCGGUGCCCUUCUGGAACGGCUGCAGUGAGGACGAGCACUGUGUCCCGGACCUCCUGCUGGACGCCCGCAGUGACCUGCCCACAGCCAUGGAGUACUGCCAGAGGGUGUUGAGGAAGGCUGCCCAGGACUGCUCCGCGUACACACUAUCCUUCGACACCACGGUUUUCAUCAUAGAGAGCACGCGCCGGCGGGUGGCGGUGGAGGCCAUGCUGGAGAACAGGGGCGAGAACGCCUAUAGCACCAUCCUAAAUAUUUCACAGUCAGCAAACCUGCAGUUUGCCAGCUUGAUCCAGAAGGACGACUCGGACGGCAGCGGCAGCAUCGAGUGCGUGAACGAGGAGCGGAGACUCCACAGGAAAGUCUGCAAUGUCAGCUACCCCUUCUUCCGGGCCAAGGCCAAGGUGGCUUUCCGUCUCGAUUUCGAGUUCAGCAAAUCCGUCUUCCUGCACCACCUGGAGAUCCAGCUCAUUGCGGGCAGUGACAGCGACGAGGAGGAGAGCACCAAGCAGGACAACACGGCGCUCCUGCGCCUCCACCUCAAGUACGAGGCCGACGUGCUCUUCACCAGGAGCAGCAGCCUGAGCUACUACGAGGUCAAGCCCAACAGCUCACUGGAGACAUAUGAGGGCAUCGGGCCUCCCUUCAGCUGCGUCUUCAAGGUCCAGAACUUGGGCUUGUUCCCCAUCCACGGCGUGGUGAUGAAGAUCACCAUUCCUAUCGCCACCAGGGGCGGCAACCGCCUGCUGAUGCUGAGGGACUUCCGCACUGACCAGGUGAACGCGUCCUGUAACAUCUGGGGGAACAGCACCGAGUACCGGCAGGCCCCCACAGAGGAAGACUUGAGUCGAGCCCCACAGCUGAAUCACAGCAACUCUGACGUCGUCUCCAUCAGCUGCAACGUGAGGCUGGCCCCCAACCAGGAAAUCAAUUUCCAUCUGCUGGGGAACCUGUGGUUGAGAUCCCUGAAGGUGCUCAAGUACAAGCUGAUGAAGAUCGCGGUCCAUGCAGCCUUGCAGAGGCAGUUCCACAGUCCCUUCAUCUUCCGCGAGGAGGAUCCCAGCCGCCAGAUCACGUUUGAGAUUUCCAAGCAAGAAGACUCCCAGAUCCCCAUCUGGAUCAUUGUGGGCAGCACACUGGGGGGCCUCCUGCUGCUGGCCCUGCUGGUCCUGGCACUGUGGAAGCUCGGCUUUUUUAAAAAUGCCAAGCGCAGGAGGGAGCCCAGCCUGGACCCCCCCCCCAAAGUGCUGGAGUGAGGCUCCCGAGGAGGCUGCAAGUCGAUGGGGGCCAGGACCCCAGCCCAGGCGGUGUGCAGGCCCAGGCCCGGGACCCCACCGAGCUGGGGCGGACAGGACGCCAGCUCGCUUUGCACUUGACCUCAUCUCCUGAGAGAGGAGCCUGCUCCCUCUGGAAAGGAAGUCAAGCCAGUUUAAGAGGGACUGCCCUACUGGUUGACCAAGACACCUCCAACACAGAUCCCUAGGGACUUAAAGGGACACACACACACACACACACACACACAAGACACACCCCACAGCCUCCCCCAGGCUCUGUGGGGGCAUUUGCUGCCCCCACCACUAAGGUGCUAGGAAUUCCUAAUCAUUCCCAUCCUCAGAAGAAACCCGGAGAGGAGACUGCAAACUGCAAACCCACUCUGCACACUCCAGGCCUCUAGUUCCAAAAGGACCCAAUGGGACAGCGGAUCCGAAUUCUGCACUGUCCUUCCACCCCCUCACUGCCAAUGGCUCCCGAGUCAUGCCCACCUCCUUCCCCAGGACAGAAGAGAGGCCCCCGGAGCUCCCCAUGACUGAGCCCAAGCCCAAGGGCUUGGUAGUGACAGCUGCCGGCCAGGGGUGAAGACAGACUCUGGGACCUGGGACGUGGAGACUGUGAUGGACGGGCAGCGGGGACCCCGCCCCGUGAUGGGAGACCGGCCGACUCUCCACCCCAAGCGUUCGCAAGGACCGCGCCCCGCACGCUCCGCCAGGCGCUCGCGGCCCCGCCGCACCCCUCGGCUGCCGGCCCUCCCGCUUUUGUUCUUAGGUACCUCGCGGAGGCGUGUGCAUGACGCAGUCCCUGGGGCCUCGCAUCCCCUCGUCUUCCUGCUCAGCCUGCCCUGCCCGACGCGCUGGCCUGGCUGCAGGCGGGGCAGCAGGGGUAGGCGCAGGGGGCCGCCCCUCCCUGCAUCACCCCCCUCCCUACACACACACAGCCUCCUAUCCCUCCUUCCGCCCACCCGUGCACGGGAGAAGGGCUCAGCCGGCGCUGCUUGAGGGGUCCUCUCUGGAACGCACUGAAUAAAGCCGGUGCAGGUACCCGCGAGCCUGUGCAACCUCGGUGGCAAACACCUGAUCCGCCGGUCUGUGGGACAAGUGGUACCACAGUGACUGAGCCCCGAGGACAGGAGGCACACCUGGUGCCCAGCCGAGUAAUUUAUGCCUUAACUUUGUUUUGAGGUAGAAAUGAAAGGGGGGAUACAUCAAAGGCAUCUGUCCCCCUGUUACAUAGAAUGACCUUUACUGUCGUAAAUAUUUGUAAGAAUUUUUUUUAAAAAUACAGUAUUUAAAAACA